CAGCCAAGCAAGAGCGUCGACUUUCACUGCGGAGCCAAAGACACUGCGUCUGAAAUCAUGAUGGCACUUGGUGAGCUUGCAGGAGCAGCCAAGGGCGCCGGACUGCGCGAAGUGCUCGCCGCCGGUUCCGGACACUCGAAUGUGCAGAAGAAGGGCGUGAUGCUGUUCGACUUUAUGGCGCAGGGCGACGACGAGGUGACGGUUGGUCUCGGCGAUGAGAUUCUGGUGCUCGAUGAUUCAGCCAGCGAUGAGUGGUGGAAAGUCAGGCGGCUGAAGAACGGCAAGGAGGGUGUCGUGCCAGCUAACUACGUCGAGAUUACAAACACCGUUCCCAUUCCAAACUCUGCAGCCUCGCAGGCCCGUUCAGGAACCAACGCCGGUCGAUCUAUCGUCGAGCAAAACAGGCGGGAGGAACAGGAGCUUGCUCGCCAGGCCUCGAGACAGAAGAGGCCCGAAAGUGAAGCGAGGAACGAUCAGGUAGGCCCUGGCCUGCAUUUACCUUCGCGUAACUCUAGUCUUAUGCAAACAAAUAUUGACCAUCGUCGCACUUCACAGAGAUCGAGCAAGCGCGAAACCUCUUCCAAGGACUCGAGCUCAAAGUCGUCGUCCAAGCCAAACGCCGCCAAAGUGCGCACUUGGACCGACCGGUCCGGCUCGUUCAAGGUCGAGGCAGAGUUCAUCCUUAUCAAGGACGGCAAGAUCCACUUGCACAAGGUCAAUGGUGUCAAGAUUGCCGUGCCCGUCACAAAGAUGUCGGUGGAAGACCUUGAAUACGUUGAGCGCGUUACGGGCGAAUCGCUGGACGACGACAAGCCUUUGUCCGACUUGAAGAGGAAGACGAUGCAGCAGCGCUCGAAAGACUCGCGGUCUCCGACGGGUAUAUCGCUGGAGAAGAAGCCCGAGUACGACUGGUUCGACUUCUUCCUCAAGUGUGGUGUCAACCCUCAAAUAUGCGAGCGGUACGCACGGGCCUUUGUCAAGGAUGAAAUGACCGAGGAAAACAUCCCAGACAUUACAGCAAGCGUUCUCCGUACGUUGGGUCUUAAGGAGGGCGAUAUCCUUCGCGUGUCCAAGUACAUUGAUACCAACUACGGACGCGACAAGCGAAGUGUGAAGGCUACAGAAGAGGGUGGAGAGGGAGCGUCUGGCGGGCUGUUCUCUGGACCCGGUGGUGCGCUUCGCAACAACACUCGCAAGGGCCGUCCUGCGCCUCCUGUAGAGACCAACGACGUGGUGGAUCCAAAGGCAUUUGAGCCAAAGUCGGACGAUGCGGGCAAGAAGCCUGCAGAUGGUACCCCAACGCCGCUGGCGUCUGUGCCUGCGCCCGAGGCAAAGGCGAAUGGAUUCGACGACAAUGCAUGGGACGUCAAGCCGUCACGCUCAGCAUCUACUGCUGGCCCGGAAAAGUCUGCAUCUCCGCCUCCAGCACAAGCAGCAGCACCUGCUGCAAAGCCAGUCCCACUGACUGGAUCCAUGGGCGAGCUGUCACUUUUGGAUAUGCCUGCACUCAAACCAGACGAGAUUGCCCAGCCACCGCCUGCAGCAGCUCCUGUCCCCGCUACACCUGUCGUGCAGGCGCCUCCUCAGCAGGCUCCGGCUCCUGGGCAACAGCCACAGCAGACAGGGGCUACUCCAACGCUGUUCGAGCAAGUUGCCGCUAUCAAGGCCUUGACUCAACCUCAGAACAUGGCCCCGCCACGCAUGCGCCCACAAGCGCCCCAGCAACCGACUGCUGGCGGGCUGAUUGCUCCACCGCCGCAACGGGCCGCGUCCGCUCCGCAGAACCCGCAACAGAGUGCAUUUGGACCCCCACCGCCGCUGCAGCCUCAGCUCACUGGGUACAAUCCCAACAUGAUGGCGCCAAACGCUGGGCCGGGACAGGGAAUGGCAGGCAUGCAACCGCAAAUGACGGGAUUCCCGCAGCAGAACGGCGGCUAUGGUUUCCAGCAAAACGGAUUGAUGCCGCAGCCGACGGGGUACAACUCUCUGUCACCGGCACCGCAGCAGCAGCCGAUGCAGACUGGGUUCGCACCGUUCCAACAGGCUCAGCCUACGGGGUUCCAGCAGCCUAUGCAGACGGGGUUCCAGCAGGCACCGCACUUUACCCAAGGGUUUGGCAACGGCAGCCCAUUUGCGGAUCCCCCACGAGCGCCCUUCCAGCCACUGCAGGCCCAGCCCACUGGAUACAACUCGUUCCAGGCGGCGCCGCUUAACCCACAAGCGACUGGCAUCAACCGUUUCCUGCCGCCGGCGAUUGUGCCGCAGCCAACAGGCUUCGGGCAGAGCGCGCCACCAGUGCCUCCGAUGCCGCCGAUGCCGCAAGCACAGCCCCUUGUGCCGCAGAAGACUGGCCCACCGCCAAGCAUCAAGUUUGGCGUGCAGCCGGCGAAGAAGCUGACGCCGCAGCCGACGGGGCGGGCGAACCUUGCCAAUGCUACGCCUCAAAAUCCGUUUGGUUUCUAG